UGACUUCAGGCUUUACUGACUGGUCCCUGUAUUUGUCCCUAAUCUUGCCUUUGUCUGGAGAUCUAUUUUACCCAGUCUUUAAGAGUAAGUAUACGGUGCUGCCCUGGGAGCUUCAGUGGUCCCAGCCUUGCAGCUGGUGGGGGAGGCUGCCCAGUGGUGGCAGUGGUGUGUCCCUGGCCCGCUGGACUGUAGCUUCUUUACUGCCAAGUCAUCUGUUCAUCCAUCCGUGGGGGUCCACAAUGGCCACCUUCAGCCGCCAGGAGUUUUUCCAGCAGCUCCUGCAGGACUGUCUCCUGCCUACUGCCCGGCAGGGCCUUGACCAUAUCUGGCUGCUCCUUGCCAUCUGUCUUGGCUGCCGCCUCCUCUGGAGGCUCGGAUUGCCAUCCUGCCUGAAGCACGCAAGCACUGUGGCAGGUGGGUUCUUGAGCCUCUACCACUUCUUCGAGCUGCACAUGGUCUGGGUCGUGCUGCUCAGCCUUCUGUGCUACCUCGCGCUCUUCCUCUGCCGACAUUCCUCCCAUCGCGGCGUCUUCGUCUCCGUCACCAUCCUCGCCUACCUGCUUGUGGGUGAGACGUACAUGGUGGACACUGUGGCAUGGCACAGGAUGCGAGGGGCCCAGAUGAUUGUGGCCAUGAAGGCGGUGUCUCUGGGCUUUGACUUGGAUCGGGGUGAGGUGAGCAUGGUGCCCUCACCUGUGGAGUUCAUGGGCUACCUCUGCUUUGUGGGCACCGUCAUCUUUGGGCCCUGGAUAUCCUUCCACAGGUACUUAGAGGCCGUCCAAGGCCGCCCACUGAGCUGCCGGUGGCUGCAGAAGGUGGCCCAGAGCCUGUUACUGGCCAUUCUGUGCCUGGUGCUGUCCACAUGUGUGGGCCCCUAUCUCUUCCCUUACUUCAUCCCCCUCGAUGGUGACCACCUCCUUCGCAAGUGGCUGCGAGCCUAUGAGAGUGCCAUCUCCUUCCGCUUGAGCAACUAUUUUGUGGGCUUUCUAUCCGAGGCCACAGCCACGUUGGCAGGGACUGGCUUCACCAAGGAGAAGGAUCACCUGGAAUGGGACCUGACCAUUUCUAAGCCACUGAACGUGGAGCUGCCCCGGUCCAUGGUGGAAGUUGUCACAAGCUGGAACCUGCCCAUGUCUUGCUGGCUGAAUAACUAUGUUUUCAAGAAUGCUCUCCACCUGGGGACCUUCUCAGCCGUGCUGGUCACCUAUACAGCCAGUGCCCUCCUGCACGGCUUUAGCUUCCACCUGGCCGCGGUGCUGCUGUCUCUGGCGUUUAUCACUUACGUGGAGCACGUCCUCCGAAAGUGCCUGGCUCGGAUCCUCAGUGCCUGCAUCUUGUCGAGAAGGUGCCCGCCAGACUGUUCACACCAGUAUCGUUCGGGCCUGGGGGUGCGAGCCUUAAACCUGCUCUUUGGGGUCCUGGCCAUCUUCCACCUGGCCUACUUGGGCUCCCUGUUUGAUGUUGAUGUGGACGACACCACAGAGGAGCAGGGCUAUGGCAUGGCAUACACGGUCCACAAGUGGUCAGAGCUCAGCUGGGCCAGUCACUGGGUCACUUUUGGAUGCUGGAUCUUUUACUGUCUAAUAGGCUGAGAGACAUCUGAGGCAGCUCCCUCAAGAACCCUCCUCAGGGUGGUGGGGAUGAGGGAAGGCCCUCUCUAAUUUUUGAUCCUUCUCCAUUCUUCACACUGCCCCCCAUACCCCUACACACACACGUUCAUACACACACACAUCAUUUCCAUACCUUCCAAUCCCCACUUCCACCACAGGACGGGAAGGGAGUGGUCCCUGCUGGGGCCUAGGGGUGGGGAGAGCCUGGGGAACAGAGAACAGGAGAUCCAGGGCCUUCCUGCCUGCCUUGUCUCUUUGUAUAUACAUACAGUUUGUUAUCAUCAAGUAAAUUUGGAAGUUGUUUUUUUUUUAAGAGUAAGUAUAGAAAGUCUCAUGUUCUCAUAAUGUUGAGGAAUUCUGAAGAGACUGAGACCCAGGUUUUGGUCCGUUUGGGGAAAGUUUUCCUUCAGUGGUUUUAAAUUGUGUCGGAUUACCACUGUGGGCUUAGUGGGGCACUUCAAAGUGGAGUAGAUGGUUCUAUUUAAUAUUUGCUCUGGAUCUUUGGCACAUUUUGGGGGGAGGGAGCCCAGUUUAAAAUAAAAUGUAAGAGCAGCAGUUUUGAAACAGCUGAAUGAGGAGCUUGGCAAGUUCUCCUUCCAAAAAAGCAAUUGUUAAACUUAACAAAAUUGUCAACAAACAAGCAAAACCCAUUUACGGUCUCUGGAAAUUAACCAAAGGACAUAUAUUGAGAGGCAUUUAUUUGAACAAAGCUAGUGAAUCUCAGUAUAAACAGUGAUGAUCGUCUAGCAUGUUAGGAGAUGCUCCCACCUCCCCCCUCAGCUCUGGUUCCUCAAGUUCUACCCUGGGCGUGCCAUGAGGCCUGGCAGCUCUGUUGUCCUGUCAGAGGGAACUGAUUUUAUUUAGAGCAGCACUUGGAAAAACACAUGCCCAGGGCUGUUAGGAAAACAAUAGCAGUCUCUGUGGCAGACAGUCUGGGAAAGCUAAUGUUGCAGGGAACAAGAAAAUGGCAGACUGGCCAGAAAUUUAUCAGGGAAAUCUAAGGAAAGAGAUAGCUAAAGUGAGCCCUACUAUUCAUAUCACACUUAGCUCUUAGGGUCCAAAAGGCUGUGUACAUGUACAAGGCUACACCUAUUCAGGAGAGGACAGAGGACCCUUGAAAGCUACUGGCCCCUGACUGAAUGCAGGGUAGACUGAUAAGCUCCCUACACUUUGAAAGUAUCCCUCCAAGCCACACACAGACCCCAUGGCAAAGGAUUUGAAAGCCUUCUGGCUCAAGGUGUUGAAGCAAAACCUCUGACCAGUCAUUGGCUGACCACUAAGUUAUGCUGACCUGGGACAGCCCCCUAGAAAGCAAAGCUUAAAAAGAACAACAACAAAAAAUUUAAAAAAGAACAACAAAAAAAAAGCAGUGACAUCAGAAUUUGGACACUGAUGGGGAAACAGACUCCAGAAAAUUAGGCAAGUCACUAAGUGAACAAACAGAAAACAGGCAACAUGAAGCUGUAGGCAGAAUUUCGAUUUGCUACUAAUUUGGAGUAUUUCAUUUAAAACACCCAGUUUAAAAAAAAAUACCCAGUUUUUAACAGGAAAUUAUAAGACAUGAAAAUAAACACAAAAGUGUGACUGUUAUUCAGGGAAAAACAAGCAAUAGAAACUUGGAGGGAGCUCACUGGCCAAUGAUGGUUCCUAGUAACAAAAAGAGCAG